UAAAAAAAAUUAUUACUUUCUCCUCUACGCAUUGAAUUUUCUUGAAUAUGCCGAUGCAGAUCUUUGUGAAAACUCUAACUGGGAAGACAAUCACCCUUGAGGUUGAGAGCUCUGACACUAUUGAUAAUGUCAAGGCUAAGAUUCAAGAUAAGGAAGGCAUCCCUCCUGACCAGCAACGUUUGAUUUUCGCCGGUAAGCAAUUGGAAGAUGGCCGGACCCUUGCUGACUACAACAUUCAGAAGGAAUCUACUCUUCACUUGGUGCUCCGUCUUAGAGGUGGUAUGCAAAUCUUUGUGAAGACCUUGACUGGGAAAACUAUUACUUUGGAGGUGGAGAGCUCUGACACCAUUGACAAUGUAAAGGCCAAGAUCCAGGAUAAGGAGGGAAUUCCUCCGGACCAGCAAAGGUUGAUUUUUGCAGGAAAGCAGCUCGAGGAUGGUCGUACUUUGGCUGAUUACAACAUUCAGAAGGAGUCUACUCUUCACCUUGUCCUUCGUCUCCGAGGUGGUGGUAAUUAGAAAUUCUUGAUUGCGAAGAAGAUGGU